CCCAGGCCGGAGAUUUUCGUUGUUUAACUAGUAAAUCGAAGGUGUCGAACCGCUGACAUCGUUCGGUUUUUUCUAUCGAGAAACCGGUACCGCGGUCGCGCGACAUCUCGGAUAAAUGCUCUACUAACGUAGUGAGGUAUUUCCUGCUAUCUCGUGAAUCUCCAACGUCUCCGUUUGACAGAUUGUCGGUGUGUGUAUGCGUUCGUUCCACGUGAAUUCUUUGUUUGGGCACCGGUCAUGUUUCUGACAAGCAUUGAAACUGCGGGGUGGUAGCAAUAACUCGGUGCAUGGGUGGCCCUCCAUCGGUGAUGGCAGGGAAAGAUGGGAAGCUGGAACCGAAAAGUGGAGACGUGGUGAGGCGGGGUUUCAUGGUGAAACGGUCUCAGAACAAGAAACGUUUCACCCCGGUCAACUACAAGCAACGCUGGUUCGUUCUGACGAGACGCUUCCUCGUCUACUACGAUAGCGAUGGAGAGCGGCGCAAGGAACGAGGUAGAAUCGCGGUCGAGAGCGUCCACGUGGUUGAAACGGCGAGCCUCGGGAGCAACGCCGGCGGCGUCGGCAGCGACGUGGCAGGCAGCGAGACAGGAACGGGCGGCGGCGGAGGCGGGGGUGGAAUACCACCUGGGCUACCCUUCCAGGUGGGCUAUCGGGAAGCCGGCCAAGAGUACACGCUCUACCUUCUCGCUGGCCGCGAGCAGGACCGCGCCGAGUGGAUUCGUGCCAUCCGUGCUGUGUGCAGCGAGAAUCCAGGUCUGAGCGGUCGUUAUCACGCCGGAUUGUGGAGUGGAAAACGUUGGUCCUGCUGCCGGUUGUCAACACGCUCCGCGGAGGGUUGCGAUACUUGCAGCUCCUGGUCCUCUAAGCCGUUAAACACAACGAACCCGUCCUCGACGUCCACUUCUAGCUUCACAUCGGCACCCGGAACCACCAUCGCCACCUCCACCACUGCCGCUAUCACCGAUCGACCGCAGACGACAAACUCCGAGGCCAAUAACAAUCCCAUCGUUCACUCUCAGGCACGCUCGACAAUCGGGACCCCCUCGACUCCCAUAAUGCCAGGGGGCACGCCUGGAACCCCGUCUUCUAAAACAAAGGACAAAAUAAUGAUGAGAACGAAGGUCGUGGUAGCUCUGUACCCUUUUCGAGCGAUCGAAGGAGGCGAUCUGUCUCUCGAAAAGGGCGCAGAGUACGAGGUGCUGGAUGAUUCUCAGGAACAUUGGUGGAAAGUCAAAGAUGAACACGGAUCCAUUGGUUACAUUCCUAGCAAUUACGUGAAGGAAAAGGAACUUCUGGGUCUUCAGAAAUACGAAUGGUACGUGGGCGACAUGUCCAGACAACGCGCAGAAUCAUUGCUCAAACAAGAAGACAAAGAAGGAUGUUUCGUCGUUCGCAAUUCUUCCACCAAAGGACUUUACACGCUUUCCCUCUACACUAAAGUCCCUCAUCCUCACGUGAAACACUAUCACAUCAAGCAAAAUACAAGGGGAGAAUUUUAUUUGUCUGAAAAGCAUUGCUGUGGCUCUAUACCCGACUUGGUGAACUAUCACAGGCAUAACAGCGGAGGAUUAGCCAGUAGGUUGAAGACCAGCCCUUGCGAUCGUCCAGUACCACCAACCGCUGGUCUCAGUCACGAUAAAUGGGAAAUCGAUCCGGCAGAGCUGCAUUUGUUGGAGGAACUUGGCUCUGGACAAUUCGGGGUCGUGCGAAGAGGAAAAUGGCGUGGAUCUAUAGACGUUGCUGUUAAAAUGAUGAAGGGAGGCACUAUGUCUGAAGAUGAUUUUAUAGAAGAAGCUAAAGUGAUGACGAAACUUCAACACCAAAACUUGGUCCAGUUGUAUGGCGUUUGCAGUAAAGAUAGACCGAUAUACAUUGUCACCGAGUACAUGCGACAUGGAUCUCUUCUCAACUACCUCCGUCGUCACGAGGGAACAUUAGGAGCAAAUGUUGGCCUCCUGUUAGACAUGUGCAUACAGGUUUGUAAAGGAAUGGCUUAUUUGGAAAGGCAUAACUACAUUCACAGAGAUCUUGCUGCGCGCAAUUGCUUGGUGGGCUCAGAAAACGUAGUAAAAGUCGCGGACUUUGGACUGGCGAGGUAUGUGCUCGAUGAUCAGUACACCAGUAGCGGAGGCACUAAAUUCCCAAUCAAAUGGGCGCCGCCAGAAGUAUUAAACUACACCCGCUUCAGCUCUAAAUCAGAUGUCUGGGCAUACGGGGUACUCAUGUGGGAAGUGUUCACCUGCGGAAAGAUGCCUUAUGGUCGCCUAAAGAACACCGAAGUAGUAGAAAGAGUUCAACGUGGAAUCAUACUGGAAAGACCGAAAGCAUGCUUCAAGGAAGUUUACGAGGUAAUGCGAAAAUGCUGGGCCCAUUGCCCGGAAGUGCGACCAUCGUUCCGCGUAUUGAAGGAACAGCUCAUCAGCGUAUCUCAAGGUCUGCUCAAUGAUUGACUCAACCUUCUACGGUAUAUGCGCCUAUCGUCGCCGUCGAGCCGGUCAAUACAAGCGGCGAAAUCACCAUCGCUCGAGCGAUCGCCCUCGAUUUUACCAUCCUCGAACUCCUCAUCGUCGUACAACUCGGCCACAUUACCGUCAUCGCGUAAAACUCGUGCGCCAGCCUCUCUACCGCCCUCGGUCGAUUUUCUACACCUGUCGUCAUCCACGUGUAAAUUGAAAAAAGAAAGGUCAUCCUCACCGAGUACACCUGGCCACCAACCUAGUCAACCAUCGUCAAGCUCGUCCAACGUCUGUGACAUUUGCAGUUCCUACGGGCACCCGUGGAUCGAAAUUUGCAAGGCGAUACGAGCCACUAAAGGCAAAUAAUUUUUUUUUUUUUGUGUGUGUGUGUCCCGAAAUACAUGUGUCGUCGACUCGAACCGACUAUAUCGCAGCUUACACGGCAAACAGAAUAUUACCGAUACGUUAUUUCAGCCUGCAGCGCCACACUCCCCUCCCAACCCUCCGUACUCCUUCAUUCGUCCUAAUCUCCCGAACACGUUAUUAGAUGCACUCUGAACGUUUUCUCAUCGAACAAAGAUCCGAGUGCGUGAUAUUCUUGCGUUUCGCAUACUAGUUUUCCCCUCCACGGUAUGAUUUUCAGUCUCUAUUCCAUACAACGAUAUGGAUGCAUUUACGAAUAGAACAGUAGUAUUUAUUGAGUGUCCUUAAACGGAUAUAACUAGUAAGUUGUGACUUUUUCCGUAGGAGCAUAUACUGGUCCUUUUGUUAUUGACUUUUUAACGAAACAGUAACAUAAUUCUACGAAGGAAAGCAUUAUUUCUGCUUA